UUGUGACAUUUUAGCUCUGUAAAAAGAUCACAAUGGCAGCCGAGGUUGCUCAACUGUUGCUCGCAGUAAUCCAAGGAAUACCAGGUGGAGCGACAAACGAUGACCUUACUAAAGCGUUGUCAGAUAUGCCCGCAGCUUCGCGGGUCGAAGGCCUGAAUGUAUUGUUGAAGCAAGGUGGCAUAGAGAUUUUGAAGAAAGGAGAGAAACUUAUUUACCGCGCCAAGGAUCCGGAAAAGAAGAGUGCACUGCCCAAAGAUGCGGAUAAUGAAGAGAAGGUGGUCUAUAGUAUUGUGGAGGAGGGCGGUAACAAAGGAAUUUGGAUACGUGACAUACGCAUGAAGUCUAAUUUGAAUAUGACUCAACUUAACAAAAUUCUCAAGAAUCUGGAAACCAAGAAACUUAUUAAAGCGGUCAAAUCUGUGAACGCAAGCAAAAAGAAAGUCUAUAUGCUUUACAACUUAGAAGCAGAUCGAUCUGUGACAGGCGGUGCUUGGUAUCAGGACCAAGAUUUUGAAGUCGAGUUCGUAGAUGUGCUCAACCAACAAUGCCUGCGAUUCCUCCAAAUGAAACGUGAAAGUGCCGAGAAGAAACGCGAUGGACCACUGGCGUUUAAGCAAAUGUCCUGCUGUACUGUGAAAGAAGUGCACAAAUUCAUAUCAGAUUUGGGUAUCAGUAAAGUCAAUCUGGAUGAGGAUGACUUAGAGACAAUAUUGAAAACCGUUGUGUACGAUGGCAACGCAGAACGUAUUCUACAAUCAGAUGGCACGUACGUUUAUCGUGCGGUAAAUUUACCUCUGCCGGCACCUGGUUUUGUGCAAAUGCCGUGUGGCAUAUGCCCUGUGAUCAAGAAUUGCUCCAAUUGUGGUGAUGUGACCGCUAUUAAUUGCCAAUAUAUGAAUGAAUGGUUAGAUUAAAUAUGCAAUGACCUAAAAUAUUUGUUA